AUGAUAUAUUCAAGUGGAAAACUCGAUUUCAGUCAAGUAAGACUUGUUGGUUCUAAUUUAAUUCUGCGUCCAUGGAAAUUAGAUGAUAAACAUUCAUUGAUUGAAAAUGCAAAUAAUCUAAAUAUUUCAAUUAAUUUACGAGAUCAAUUUCCUUAUCCAUAUACAGAAAAACAUGUUGAUGAAUGGAUUAAAAUGACAGCAACACCAACAUUUAGUAAAAAUCGUUACUUUGCUAUUGAAGUUGAGAAUAAAGCAGUUGGUGGUAUUGGAAUCAUGUUAGGUGAAGAUGUACAUCGUUGUACAGCAGAAUUGGGUUAUUGGUUAGGUGAAUCAUAUUGGAAUCGUGGAUUGAUGAGUGAAGCAGUCAGAUUAAUGAAAGAUUAUGCAUUUGAUAGUUUACCACAAUUACAACGAUUACACGCUGAUCCAUUUAGUAGUAAUAUAGCUUCAGCUAAAGUUUUAGAAAAAGUUGGAUUUCAAUUCGAAGGACGAUUGAAAAAAUCAGUAAUUAAUAGAAAUGGAAAGGUUUUAGAUCAACUUGUUUACUCAUUUAUUAGAGAAUAA